AACUUGACUUCCUUCUCAAGAAUCGAUGCUUAUCUGUUUCAUUAGUGAAAAACGAGGAAGUUUGUGCGUUCGACGAAAGUACUCGUAAUAAUCGUUCAUAAUAUUUUCAACAUGUCGGAUAAAGAGGACGUUUCUAUAUCCGACAAGGGAGACGACUCUGCGGAAAGCGUCUACGUUAGCCCCGAGAACUUAUCGGUCACUACCAAGAAUGUUUCGCCGCAGGACACGUGCUUCACGCCGAUUAAAUCAAGCGUUCUGGAGAAAACACCCCAGCGGGAGUCUGAAGAAGGAUCUGAAGAACAAUACUGCACGCCGUCGUAUGAGAAGUUUCUGCAAUGGAGGCGCGUCGACCCCUCAACUCCUUACGAGAAUUCGCCGCUCAUGUCAGAUGAUAUUCACGAUGAUACCCUGCAGACAUCUACGUGCGACAUGUCGUUGAUCGCGCGGAUGGAUAAGCUUUGCUUAUUUACGCCGAAACCCGAGCGUAUAUCCGCCUCAUCAUCAUCAUCAUCAAGCACAGAGACAGUCGUGAAUGUGGAAGAUAGGCCCAAGUCAAACGUCGAUCUGGAGAUUUUGCACGACGAAUAUGAAAGAAAAACAGAGGAGAAGAAGUCGAGCCUCGAUCGCGACGACAUCACUUUAUCUAAAUAUUCGCCCAUAACGUCAAGAACGCAGACAGCAACAUUGACGGACAUAGAUUUGUCAAACGUGACGUUCGACAACAGUUCAGUCGAUCAACAUUCGUCAACGCAAAGCUCUGCGAGUUUGGAAUAUGGAAUUUCAUCGGAUCUCGCAGGAACGAAAGCGAAGGAGAUUUGUGAUUCUGCGAUCGCACAGUCGACUCGCAGAGUCGACGACUCGAUAACGGCAUCGCAUGAUCAGCCUAGUACCGCGAAAGAAAACGAAACGGCCACCUUUGAUAAUAAGUAUCAUAUCAAUGUUGCUCAGACGCGUCGCUGUGUAGAAAAAAUGACAACUAAAGAGCGAGAGAGCGGUUGUUUUCGGCUAUUUCGGUCCCCGAGAAAGACAUCGCCAUCGUCGUCAAACCGAUUGGUUGAAGAGACUAAGAGAAUUAUGAAGGGACAAAGUACUAGAAUACCGAUGUCGAGAAGAUUGUUGAGGACGAAUGAUCGAGAAUGGAAAAGUCCGCCUCUUAAGAUACGCCUCACGAGGACAAAGGAAACCGAGCAGGUCCAGAUACCCGAAAGAGCUAUACCAGAUGUCCCGUUUCCACCGUCGCACAAAAUGACAGUGGCAGAAGUCUUUGACGAGCGAACAGGAUCUCCGCGGCCGGAGGUCCUGAAGCAACACUUUAUCCUCGAGGGUAGGAUCGACGAGGCUGCGGCUCUUCGUAUAAUCAACGAUGGAGCCGCUCUUCUACGCUCGGAGAAAACCAUGAUAGACAUCGAGGCUCCUGUCACCGUAUGCGGCGAUAUUCACGGACAGUUCUACGACCUGAUGAAAUUAUUCGAGGUGGGCGGGCCACCCUCCUCGACCAAAUAUCUCUUCCUGGGCGAUUACGUUGACAGGGGUUAUUUCAGUAUCGAGUGCGUAUUGUACCUGUGGGCGCUGAAACUGUGCCAUCCCACCACACUCUUCCUCCUCAGAGGUAACCACGAGUGCCGUCAUCUCACGGAAUACUUCACGUUUAAACAGGAAUGUAAAAUAAAAUACUCCGAGAGGGUGUACGACGCGUGCAUGGAUGCCUUCGACUGUUUGCCACUCGCAGCUCUUAUGAAUCAACAGUUCCUGUGCGUGCACGGUGGUCUGUCGCCAGAAAUUCACAAUUUAGAAGAUAUUCGCAAAUUGGACAGGUUCAAAGAGCCGCCGGCGUUCGGGCCGAUGUGCGAUCUCCUCUGGUCGGAUCCCCUCGAGGACUUUGGCAAUGAAAAAAAUGCGGAACACUUCUCCCAUAAUAGCGUCAGGGGCUGUUCCUACUUUUACAGUUACGCGGCGUGUUGCGACUUUCUGCAGAACAACAAUUUGCUCAGCAUCAUAAGGGCGCACGAGGCUCAAGACGCCGGAUAUCGUAUGUACCGAAAAUCACAGACGACGGGCUUCCCAUCGCUUAUCACCAUCUUCAGCGCGCCCAACUAUCUCGAUGUGUACAACAACAAGGCGGCGGUGUUGAAGUACGAGAACAACGUCAUGAACAUUCGACAGUUCAAUUGUUCGCCACACCCGUACUGGUUGCCCAAUUUCAUGGAUGUUUUCACAUGGUCCCUGCCAUUUGUAGGCGAGAAAGUCACAGAAAUGUUAGUGAACGUGCUGAACAUCUGCUCGGACGACGAGCUGAUGAGCGACGGCGAUGACGCGCUCGAGGAAGAUGGUGCAGCAGCUAAUCUACGUAAAGAAGUCAUCAGAAACAAGAUUAGAGCCAUCGGUAAAAUGGCGCGUGUCUUCUCCGUCCUGAGAGAGGAAAGCGAGAGCGUGCUGCAGUUGAAAGGUUUGACGCCGACUGGAGCUUUACCGCUUGGUGCAUUAUCUGGCGGCAAGACUUCUCUGAAAAACGCUCUCCAAGGCUUCUCGCCGAAUCAUAAAAUCACCUCGUUCGCCGAGGCCAAGGGCUUGGACGCCAUUAACGAAAGAAUGCCACCGAGGAAGGACGCACCACCUACGCCGGUCAACGAGGAGAAACCCGUGACAAAGCCGCCGCCUCCUGCGGGAGACAAGCGGGACCACAACACGCCGCAACCGCAAUCGUGAGCCCCACACUCGUCCAAUCAAGAUGGCGUGGACGGGUCCUAAGAUCCUGACGUUAUCGCCGUUGCCAUCGAACAUUUGCAAACCAUUGGUCGUCUCUCCCUUCCCUCCUCCGGUUGUUACAACCAGUGUGCUGUCCAUCGAGGUGUCAAAAGAAGCCGGUCGCAAGAAGGAAGAUCAGGAACGGAGCAUUGUCAUCGGUCCUGGUGCGCGCGCAGCGAAAGAAAGCAAGUCAGCCGAGUAAAAGGAAACCGCACGAUCAUCGGAAAACGUCCGACUGGGCGUUUCAGCGGGACUUCUCUUCUUCGAGGAUCUGCCUCUGUUUUUUUUCCCCGUAUACACUACAUACGCGCGAAUUAAAAAAAAAAGAAACGAGAAUGUUAGCGAUAAUUCCUUCUGCAAUGAACCGCGCGCGCAUGACGUUCUCCAAUCUCUUUCUCUCUCUUUCUCGAUCGUUCAUGCGAUUAUAUCCCCUUGUUCUCUUUCCUCGUUCUCGCUUACUCUACCUUUCGCAAUUUCUUGCUCUUUCUCUUUCCAACAUCCACUAAUUAAUAUUCAUUAUCCGCGUGUUCCUCACGGAUAAUUUACUCGAUGUACAUAUGUGCGCGUCUGCACGAAUCGACGAGGGGCGAAACCUUCGAACGAUAUAUCUUAUAGAUAGAUCCGUUUACGAAUCGACCUCGGAUCGAACGUUCAUACACGAGAGAGUAUAUUCCCUUUCCUCUCCCGGGCGUCAUUUCUCUCUUUCCUUUCUCCGAAGAACGCGGAAAAACGAGAAAGAGAGAUGGAAUCGGAACAGCCCGCGCGCGCGGUUACACAUUUGUCUAAUGAGAGAUAUCGUACAGUGUGAAAGAGAGAGAAUGAGAGAGGGAGAGAACGAUAAAGAGAGAGAGAGAAAGAGAACGAGGACGAGCGGUCUCCGCCAAAGAAACAAAAGAGGCAGCUGGCCUGUCGUCAUGGCGGAGCUUCCGGUUUUAGGAUUUUACUAGGUUCUUAAGAUGUGUCCGCCCUGGAUGACGCAUCCCCGCGCUACGGGGUGGGGUUACUUAAAUCUUAAGUCAAGCUAAGCUUAGGAUUAAGUCAUAAAUUAUAUAUAUAUAUAUAUAUAUAUAUAUAUAAAACAAUAUACAU